GCGAGGCAGAGCGUGAAGCUAAAAAAAAAAAAAGCACUCAUCCUGUCUCCAACUCUCGUAAACUUUCUCUCUCUCCCUCUGCAGCAGUCGUCAUUUCUCCCUCAACCGGCCGUGGAGACGCUGGUUCGCCGCUUCUUCGCUGUAACCCGCAUCCGUCUUUUCGCCCAUGCUCCAUCCAGCCGUCCUCCGGCCGAUACAUCUUCCCCCGACCCCCCCACCUGCGGGGUUUGUCGGCCAGCUGAUAGCUCUCCUCAAGAGCGGCGAGGCUGCGUCUGACACCAAAUAGCACGUCGCCACACCGCUACGGUUUUUUUUUAGGACUGGAAGAGCGGGGGGGGGGGGACACGAGACAGCCUGGGCAGAACUCCUUGUGAUUCCUUUUCCUGGGACGGGAGGGGGAUAGGAGGGAGGGACUGGAGUCUAGGACCACUUUGGGUACGGACACAUUUUUUUGUUUGUUUUUUUGCCUGUGACAAGGGUUAGACCAGGACAACGUUCAGGUGGUGCCAUGGCGUCGUUGGGGAAGACCGUCUGGAGUGCGGCAAAGCUGCUAGUUGCACUGCUGCUGGGUGUCCUCCGGGCGGAUGGGCUGGAGGUGUCGACCGGGAAAGUGUCAACAGUCGAAGCGAUGAACGGCUCGACGGUGCUGAUACUGUGCACGUACAACUCCUGCUUUGGCAUCAAAGACCUCUUCUUCAGCUGGCGCUUCAACGGGACCGUCAAACUCUGUGAAGGGAAGAUUGCUAAAGAAGGUGUGGAACCCAAGGUGAAAGUGGAGCACAAGCGAGUAGAAUUUGUGGGUUCUACAAAAUCCAAAAACAUCUCCAUCCUGCUGUGGAACAUCACCUUCGAUGAUGACGGGGAGUACACCUGUUUUGCCAAAAACCCGAAGGAGAGGGGCCGCAACGACAGCGCCGUCUUCACUCUCAAAGUGGUAAACGAAAUGCAAGAGGUGGACAACACUCUGACCACCAUCAUCGUCUCCGUGUUGGGCGGAGUCAUCGGCUUAGCCGUCAUCGUCAUGGUGAUAAAGGCCCUGGUGGUUAACUUCCUGCUGAAGGGUGACGAGAAGAAUAAAGAGUGCCUGGUUAACGCCUCAGGGAACGACAACACAGAAAACGGACUUACGGGAGCCAAAGCUGACAACAAAGGAACACCAAAGGCAUGAGCAAAAAAAAAAAAAAACUUGCAUUACGUCUGUAUGUUUAUAUGUAUGUUAUAAUGAAUGGGACUGUUGCUAACUAGUAUUCUGUGCAAAUGCAUCGUUAAAAAUUGCUUGGAAUUGAAGAAGUACGCAGAAGGCUGAGUCACUCGACGCCAUCUUCCCAGCCUGUACGCUCAAAUUCUGCUUCUCGUUUCUCAGCAACUUCCCUCGUACUAUUCCCAAGAAUAAUAUCGAUCCGGCUCUAAUGGGUUCUCACUAUUUAGACACCUGGAUACACUAGAGCAGGGGUCACCAACCUUUUUUGAAACCAAGAGCUACUUCUUGGGUACUGAUUAAUGCAAAGGGCUACCAGUUUGAUACACACUUAAAUAAAUUGCCAGAAAUAGCUAAAUUGGCUCAAUUUACCUUUAAUAAAUAAAUACAUAUAUAUAAAAAAGAUGGGUCAUUCCGUCGCAGAUUUUUUUUCCUUUUACGGAAGGUUUUUUUGUAGAGAAUAAACGAUGAAAAAAACGGUUUAAAAGAGGAGAAAACAGGAAAAAAAUGUAAAUUAAAUUUUGAAACAUAGUUUAUCUUCAAUUUCGACUCUUUAAAAUUCAAAAUUCAACCGAAAAAAAGGAAGAGAAAAACUAGCUAAUUCGAAUCUUUUGGAAAAGAAUUUAAAAAAAGAAUUUAUGGAACAUUAUUAGUCAUUUUUCCUGAUUAAGAUUAAUUUUAGAAUUUGUAUGACAUGUUUUAAAUAGGUUAAAAUCCAAUCUGCACUCUGUUAGAAUAUAUAACAAAUUGGACCAAGCUAUAUUUCUAACAAAAACCAAUCAUUAUUUCUUCUAGAUUUUCCAGAACAAAAUUUUUAAAAGAAAUUCAAAAGACUUAGAAAUAAGAUUUAAAUUUUAUUAUACACAUUUUCUAGAUUUGCCAGAAUAAUGUUUUGGAAUUUUAAUCAUAAUAAGUUUGAAGAAAUAUUUCACAAAUAUUCUUCGUCGAAAAAACAGAAGCUAAAAUUAAAAAUUUAAAUUAAAAUGUAUUUAUUAUUCUUAAUAAUAAAAAAUAAAAAAUACUUGAACAUUGAUUUAAAUUGUUAGGAAAGAAGAGGAAGGAAUUUAAAAGGUAAAAAGGUACAUGUAAUUAAAAAUCCCAAAAAUCAUUUCUCAGGUUGUAUUUUUUCUCUAUAAAUUGUCUUUCUGUAAGUGUAUAAGUAAAAAACUAAAAUUAUUUAUUUAAACAAGUGAAGUUUAAGUCUUUAAAAUAUUUUCUUGGAUUUUCAAAUUCUAUUUGAGUUUUGUUUCUCUUAGAAUUAAAAAUGCAGAGCAAAGCGAGACCAGCUUGCUAGUACAUAAAUAAAAUUUAAAAAAUAGAGGCAGCUCACUGGUAAGUGCUGCUAUUUGAGCUAUUUUUAGAACAGGCCAGCGGGCGACUCAUCUGGUCCUUACGGGCGACCUGGUGCCCGCGGGCACCGCUUUGGUGACCCCUGGUCUAGAGGAACAUUGAUGCCAUAAUGUUCGCAUUUAAUUCGCAUUUAAUUGAAAAAAAAUGUACGCUGUUUCUCAAAAAUCAUUUUUAUCUGACUUUUUUUUUAUGCUUUUCAAUUUUCCGGGGGAAACACUGGCAACCUUUAAGAUUCGGGAUGCAGCCAAAAUAAAAAUUGUCAAAACCGAAAACCGAAAAAAAAAAAACAAGUCCAAAAACUCAAAAUACCAAAAAAAAAUUAUUAUGCAAAUUGUUGUUAUCGUUACACUUAUGACUAAAACUGUGUACUAACCUUUGUCGAAUCAAGCCAUUUCAAUUGUUCAAAUUAAUAUUUAUCUUUCAAACAAUGAAAACAAUGAUAAAAUAAUGAAAAAAAAAAAUGAUUGACUCCUGGUAUUACAACAAUAUAAAAUCAAAACAAUAAUGCACAGGCCAAAAUACUGAACGGCGCCAUAUUUCUGUGCGGUUUUGUGCACAUAGUCAGAACGGCGAUGGAGAUUUCACGUGAUUAAACAACAACGUGGAGAACGGCUUUGCAGAAAAUCGCCGUCUUUAAUAUAAACGAAGAUUGAUGAAACCCAAAAGCAGAUUUGAACAUACGGCUGGCGACAUGGCUUCCUAACGCAAGUGAAUGAUCUUCCUCUGCAGUUAUUUUGCUUUAAGAUGAAAACACAGGUGCCUGCUUUUGCACCUGCGCCCUCUGUUGGCAGGAGGUCGAAAUCACUGAAAAUGAAUUGGGGGUAAAAAAAACAAAACAAAAAAAAACUAAACAACCCACCCCAAUUCUCGCCCCAAGACAAUCCCAGGACUCCACAGUUAAUCAAGCUGCUUCCGACUUUUUUAGCAUGUGCACAUUUGAGAACAUUUACAUGGUAUUUAUGCCACUAUGUUCAUUCCUUGCAAAUUAUGUUAAACUCAGCUGUCAUACCUUUGAAAAGGUGGAAGAAAAGUGACUAUUCACUGACUAUAGCAUCGAAAAUCUAAUCAUAGAGAUGUACUGUCGAGUAUUAGGGCCACACUGAAAGGGGAACAUGUAAUAAUCAGGGGCGUCCCUUCCAAUGAGAGCCUUCAGUAUCAUUCAUUACAGAUAAUUAUCCGAUACAGUAUCACCACGGAUCUUAUAUACUUGUAUUGUUUUGUAGUGUGGAAUAAUAGAAAAGGCUUGAUCACGUCAAAUGAGUCAAACAUAGAACAAUAUUAGGUACGGAAAACGUUAACCUAUUCAUAUUUAAUCGUCUGGAAUGGACUCACGCCGUCUGAUAAUUGUUGUCAGCUGACCACAAUAAUUAAUUAAAUUAAGCUCAUGGCGCUGGAUAUCUUCUAAUACGCUUCUACACUAAUAUGCUACUAUAAUUAUUUAAUAUUUCAUUAUAUUGACAAAUUUACUGUUUUGCACAAUUUUGUUCCAUUAAGGACACUUAUUACAACAAUUAAAAUAUGAGGAGGGAAAGUAAUAAAAAAAUGACAAUUUUAAUUUUAAGAAUUUUAAAAAAUGUGAAAUAUUAUGAUAGAAAAUAAAUAAUUUUCCAACAACAACCAUGUGAUAUUGGAAAAAGACAAGAGAAGAAAAUACGCAUUAUUUUAGAGGGAAAAGAGUGUAUUGCCAUUUUAAUAAAUGUUGUAAUAUUCCAUGAAAAAGGUUAAAAAAAAAUUUUGAGCGGAAUAUUGACAGGAACAGUUUUAUUUUGACAGGAUUGAUAUAAUAAAAAAGGCCAAAUUGUGCAGUAAUAAAGUUGUGCCGUUUAUGGACAUAAGUCACAUUACAAUUAAAAAAAAAAGUUGUUAUAUCUAGAGAAUAAAAGCUAAAUAUUAUGAGGGAAAAGUAUUUUUUUAAUUAAAAUUAUAAUUUAAAAAGGCUGAAAUAUUAUGAAAGAAAAGUAAUCAUUUUCCAACAACAAUGUGAUAUUGGAAAAAAGACAGUGUAAAUCACAUCAUAACAAGAAAAUAGUCAUUAUUUUUACAAGGAAAAGGGCGUAUUGCCAUUGUAAUAAAAGUUGCACAAUUUAAUGAAUAGCUAAAUUUAAAAAAUAUAAUAAAAAUCAUAAUAUCGACAGAAACAGUUGUAUUUUGACACUAAAGAUAGAAUUUUAAAAAAGGCAAAAUUGUGCAGUUAUAAAGUUGUGUCGUUUAAAGACGGAAGUCACAUUACCAUUAAAAAAAAGUUGUUAUAUCUAGAGAAUAAAAGCUGAAUAUUAUGAGGGGAAAAGUCAUAUUUAAUUAAAAUUAUAAUUUCAAAAAGGCUGAAAUAUUAUGAAAGAAAAGUAAUCAUUUUCCAAUAAACAAUGUGAUAUUGGAAAAAAGACAGUGUAAAUCACAUCAUAACAAGAAAAUAGGCAUUAUUUUACGAGGAAAAGGGCGUAUUGCCAUUGUAAUAAAAGUUGCACAAUUCUAUGAAAAAGGCUAAAUUAAGAAAAAAAUAUUAAAAUCGAAAUAUUUACAGAAACAGUUUUAUUUUGACACUAAAGAUAGAAUUUAAAAAGGCAAUAUCGUGCAGUAAUAAAGUUCAGCCGUUUCCAGACAGAAGUCAUAUUACAAUUUUUAAAAAAUGUGUUAAAUCUAGAGAAUAAAAGCUGAUUAUUAUGAGGGAAAAUUCAUAUUUAAUUAAAAUUAUAACUUGAAAAAUGCUGAAAUAUUAUGAAAGAAAAGUAAUAAUUUUCCAACAACAAUGUGAUAUUGGAAAAAAGACAGUGUAAAUCACAUCAUAACAAGAAAAUAGUCAUUAUUUUACAAGGAAAAGGGCAUAUUGUAAUAAAAGUUCCACUAUUCCAUGAAAAAGGCUAAAUUAAGAAAAAAAAAUUCAAAAUGUUGACAGAAAGUUUUAUUUUGACACUAAAGAUAUACUAAAAAAGGCAAAAUUGUGCACUUAUAAAGUUGUGUCGUUUGAAGACAAAAGUCACAUUACAAUUAAAAAAAAAGUUGUUAUAUUAAGAGAAUAAAAGCUGAAUAUUAUGAGGGAAAAGUCAUACUUUUACCAAAAAAAUAAAAAUAGUUAAAGUUUGUCAAAUUCUUACUUAGGCUAUUACUAAAAUAAAUAUGAAAUUCCGAGAAUUUUAAUUACAAUUUCAUGACCCAAAAAUGAUACAACUUGUCUUAUUCACUCCAUUCUUGUACUAUUGUGACUUUUCCACAUGGAAAAAAAUGCAAAUGUAAUUCUUAACACAGCACUACUUUUUUUCUCAUCGAUUUCUUGUCGAGUUUGGCCCUAAUACUCCAUUUCUGCUCCAAAAGAUACACAACGGGUACAUCGUCGCCUUUUAUGACGAACAAAUUUUUUUUUUUUUUUUUUUUAUGUCAACUCACGUCCCAGGACAAGUAGAAAGUUCCAGCUUCCUAGUAUGCAACUCUACCGGAGGAUACUUGAGAAGCUGGAACACACACGGCGGCCACACACCCUCACACAUAGCUGGGAUAGCUGGGACAGCUGAGCGCCACACACACACACACACACACACACACACACACACACACACACACACACACACAGAGUGCAAACACACAAUACAGCACUUUAUCACUUUGCAGGGUGGCUGCACAAAUGUUAUUAUUAUUAUUCUUUGAGUCAUUCAUAUUAGUAUUCAAGCCCUCUCCUUGCUUUCAAUAUAAGCAAUAGAAUAUUAGACAUUAUUAUGCAAUAACCCGAUUAAAGGAACUUUAUUAGUUCAGUCCAAGGCACUAUGCAUCCACAUUAAAUGGGCCAAGACAGUGCAACCUCCAUUUACAAACUUCAUUGGUUCUUGAAUCGCAAAGUUAGUAUUGUGAAGCCAAUUUCUCCAUAAGAAACUAUGCAAAUAUAAAAAAUUGUGUUGCAGUAAAAUGAAGGUGUGUACACGUUGAACACAACAUGAAGUGCGAUACGGUACUGCAGGGGUCACCAACUCAGGUAGCCCGUAAGGACCAGAUGUUCGAAAAUAGCUCAAAUAGCAGCACUUACCAGUGAGCUGUCUCUAUUUAUUAAAUUGUAUUUAUUUACUAGCAAGCUGGUCUCGCUUUGCGCAACAUUUUUAAUUUUAAGAGAGACAAAACUCAAAUAGAAUUUGAAAAUCCAAGAAAAUAUUUUAAAGACUUGGUCUUCAUUUGUUUAAAUAAAUUCAUUUAUUUUUUUUACUUUGCUUCUUAUAACUUUCAGAAAGACAAUUUUAGAGAAAAAAUACAACCUUAAAAAUGAUUUUAGGAUUUUUAAACACUUUUUACCUUUUAAAUUCCUUCCUCUUCUUUCCUAUUUUUUCUUUUAUUGUAAAGAAUAGUACAUACAAUUUAAUUUAAUUCUUCAUUUUAGCUUCUGUUUUUUCGACGGAGAAUAUUUGUGAAUUAUAUCUUCAGACUAAUUAUGAUUAAAAUUCUAAAAAAUUAUUCUGGCAAAUCUAGAGAAUCUGUAGAAUCAAAUUUAAAUCUUAUUUCAAAGUGGAUUUUAACCUAUUUAAAACACGUCAACAAAAUUCUAAAAUUAAUCCUAAUCAGUAAAAAUUACUAAAGAUGUUACAUAAAUUAUUUUUUAAUUUUUUUCAAAAAGAUUUGAAUUAGCUAGUUUUUCUCUUCAUUUCAGUUGAAUUUUUAAUUUUAAAGAGUUAAAAUUGAAGAUAAACUACGUUUAAAAAUUUAAUUUUCAUUUUUUUCAUGUUUUCUCCUCUUUUAAGAAUAGAAUAGAAUAAAAUAUAUAUUUAUUGUCAUUGUACAUUGUACAACGAAAUUGUAUGCAAACUACUUUAGUGCGAAAUCAUACAUAAACACAUAAGAACAUAGAUAAAAAUAGAUAAAAAUACAUAAAAUACAUAAAAAUACCAAGCAUACAACUCACAACCACACUCAUUAUUGUUAUCUUGUGUUCAGCGACACUAUUGCUCUCGGGUAAAAUGUGUUUUUAAAACGGUUUGCCCGGCAUUUUAUUUUAUUUAAACUGUUCAAUUAAGUGUUUUCAUCAUUUAUUCUCUACAAAAAAACUUCCGUAAAAGGAAAAAAAAAUGUACGACGGAAAGACAGACAGAAAUACCCAUUUUUUUAUAUAUAUACAUUUAUUUAUUAAAGGUAAAUUAAGCAAAUUGGCUAUUUCUGGCAAUUUAUUUAAAUAUGUAUCAAACUGGUAGCCCUUCACAUUAAUCAGUACCCAAGAAGUAGCUCUUGGUUUCAAAAAGGUUGGUGACCCCUGCGGUACUUUAUAUAAAACAUUUAAAAAAAACAUAAGACGUGAUGGAUCGACGUUGUAAUUAAUAACAGGCCAAAACAACAACGACAAUCUGAACUGUUCACAUCGCCGCUCUGUCGACACAGAAGUCGCUUUGGUGCCCUCACAAUCGAUUAGAAAUCACAAAAGUCCUUAACUUGAACAUCCAUUUCGCUACAAUGAUUUGAUUUGAUUUUUAUUAGGGAUCCCCAUUGGCUGGUUGCCACAACAACCCACUAUUACAAGUAAAAGCAUAUAAUUAUAACUACACAAUACAGACAAAAAAAUAAAAGCAUCAAUAAGAAAACAGGCAAACAGUCACAGAAUAAUAACUACCAUAUAAAUAUAACUACACAAUAUAAAACCAAACAAAAUCAUCCACGAGCAAACUAACUAAAAGACUCAGAUAAAAUAUUACUUUCCUUUUAAAAACCUGUUUACUUUCAACGCCAGUGAGAAUUUCAGGCAGGUUAUUCCAGGAUGAUACAGAUCUAUAAAUAAAAGAUUUCCGCAAAGUAUUCUUCCUGGGACGAGGGAGUACAGAAUGCUCCUCACUGGACUCCCUGGUAUUAUGAUUAUGUAUAGUGCUACUGUGAACUAUUUGGGCCAUGAGAAAAGCAGGAGUUUUACUACCAGUUACUGAUUUGAAGAAUAUAAGAGUAUUAUCAUUAUGAUAAACAUAUGAAACAAGUAAAAAUGACUUACAUUAAUAAAGGCAAGGGGAGGACUAGAAAGGGAGCAACAGACAGUAGAGCCUGCUUUGGCAAUUAAAACUGGCCGCUUCGUCGAUCCUUUAAUACUUGUGAACGCCAUUGACCCUUAAAAGCCUGAACAACUGAAAAUUUGACAGAAAAUUCAAAUUAUUUCAGAAUUGGAGCUUUUAUUAGUCUUUCUGAUUUUUUUUCCCAUCUUUUUACAAAAAUUAAAAAGAAAAUUUCCAUAUAUGAUUUUCAAUUUGUAUCAAAUUUGAUACAGCCAGUCACAAAAUUGUAUUUUUUGUGUUUAUUUUUUUUACCUAACCAAAACAUGAUGGAAUACACAGAAAUAUCGGUGUUGUUAUUUACAAAAAUUACAAAAAACAAUUUCCACAUAUGAUUUUCAAUUAGUAUCAUAUUUGACACAGCCGGUCACAAAAUGUUAUUUUUUGUGUUUAUUUUUUUCACCUAACCAAAACAUGAUGCGAUUAACAGAAAUAUAUAUUUUAUUUACAAAACAUACAAAGACAAUUUCCAUAUAUGAUUUUCAAUGUGUAUCAUAUUUGAUACAGACGUUCACAAAAUUUUAUUUUGUGUUUUUUUUCCCACCUAAACAAAACAGGAUGCAAUCCACAUAAAUAUAUGUCAUGUCAUUUACAAAAAUUACAAAGACAAUUUCCGUAUAUGAUUUUCAAUGUGUAUCAUAUUUGAUACAGCCGGUCACAAAAUGUUAUUUUUUUUGUUAAUUUUUUUCACCUAACCAAAACAUGAUGCAAUACGCAGAAAUAUUGGCCAUGUUAUUUACAAAAAUUACAAAGACAAUUUCCACAUAUGAUUUUCAAUUUGUAUCAUAUCUGACACAGCCUGCCACAAAAUGUAAUUUUUUGUGUUUAUUUUUUUCACCUAACCAAAACAUGAUGCAAUAAACAGAAAUAUAUAUUUUAUUUACAAAAAAUACAAAGACAAUUUCCAUAUAUGAUUUUCAAUUUGUAUCAUAUUUGAUACAGCCGGUCACAAAAUGUUAUUUUUGGUGUUUAUUUUUUUUCACCUAACCAAAACAUGAUGCAAUACACAGAAACAUCCGUCAUGCUAUUUCCAAACACAAAAACGACAUUAGUCAUCGUCAACUUUCCGCAACUUAACUUCACAUUCUUUAUCAUGUUCAAAGCAUCGUCAAUUCUGUAAUUAUUUGCCAUCUAAAAAAAUAAUAAUAAUCGAACGUGUACCCAUGUUGCUACCUCUCUGCUCCGCCAGCGCGUAUACGCACGUGACGUAUCUAAGAAGGUGCGCUUGUUUUAUGUCUCUGUGAGAAGCAGAGACAAGAAAGAGUGAGAAGAGCCUGUAAUGUAAUACUCACAGCGUGUAAUCAAAUAUCACGAUGUAGUCAUUUUCUAUAUCGCACAGAGACAAACUCAAGUAUAUCGCUCAGCCCUAAUUUACAUGACACAUAUUAAUAUUCUAUAUCCAAAUAACACACUAUUUACCUCUCACGCUCAUUCAUUAAAGGCCAAAUAGACCAAAUCAACACAUGCUAUUAUAACAAACCGUCCAAAAUCCCGUGCAGUAUCUUCAAAACAUUUUUUUGUUGCUGCAGAACGCGUCCUUUAGGUACGAUGCGAGUACUAGAGUAGUCAGUGUACAGCUUGUAUAGCGAUAUAGGUGCACUACGGCCGAAGUGAUAUCCACGCCUUGUUUACAUUUGCCUAACCCAGGGGUCGGCAACCCGCGGCUCUUUAGCGCCGCCCUAGUGGCUCUCUGGAGCUUUUUCAGAAAUAUAUGAAAAAUGGAAAUGAUGAGGGGAAAACAAACAUAUUUUGUGUUUUAAUUUGGUUUCCGUAGGAGGACAAACAUGACACAAACCUCCCUAAUUGCUAUAAAGCACAUGGUUUAUAUUAAACAGGCUUCACUGAUUCGAGUAUUUGGCGAGCGCCGUUUUGUCCUACUAAUUUUGCCGGUCCUUGAACUCACCGUGGCUUGUUUACAUGUAUAACUUUCUCCGACUUUCUAGGACGUGAUUUACGCUACUUCUUUUUCCGUCUAGUUUUGUCCACAAAACUUAUAACGUUGUGCAUGAAUACACAAAGGUGAGUUUUGUUGAUGUUAUUGACUUGUGUGGAGUGUGCUAAUCAGACAUAACAUGCUAUUUAGGCUAGCUGUAUGUCAGUGGUUCUUAACCUGGGACACGCCCGACUUAUCGUGUAAAUAAAAACUUCUCCCUAUCGGCGUAUUACGGCUACGGCAACAGCAGAAGUAAUUUGUUGUGAGUUUAUGCGCUGUGUUGGUUUUGUUCUUUAUACAAGGUGAUGUUCAUGCACGGUUCAUUUUGUGCACCAGUAAAAAAAAACUGGGUAACACUUUAGUAUGGGGGACAUAUUCACCAUGAAUUAGUUGCUUAUUGACGUUAAAAUUACUCUUUACUAGUCAUUAUUAAGUUCGUAUUAAUGCCUUAUGCGGUAUGGACUUAUUAUAACCCUAACUCUCUAACCCCGGCCCUAACUCUCUAACCUUAACCCUAACCAAAUAACUCUAAAUUAAGUCUUUGUUACUUAAAAUUAGGGCUGCAACAACUAAUCGGUUAAAAUCGAUUAUAAAAAAUUGUUGGCGAUUAAUUAAGUCAUCGAUUUGUUGGAUCUAUGCUAUGCGCAGAGGCUACUUUUUUAUUUAUUUAAAAAAUAUAUAUACAUAUAUUUUUAAAUAAUACUAAUAAUUUAAAAAUAGCAAAGGCAUAUCAAAUAAAAUUUAAAUAGAAAUUGAAUGCCUCUUUUCUAUUUGCAGCCUUCUCAGGUAAAUAUCAAAAUAAACUUUUCCCACAGGCUAAUAAUAAAUUGUUAUAUUGUAGUGUCCAGGAAGAGGUAGUGCUGCUAGGGGUUCUGUGUAUUAGUUCUGUUGUGUUACAGUGCGGAUGUUCUCCCGAAAUGUGCUUGUCAUUCUCGUUUAGUGUUGGUUCACAGUGUGGCGCAUAUUUGUAACAGUCUUAAAGUUGUUUAUACGGCCACCCUCAGUGUGACCUGUAUGGCUGUUGACCAAGCUUGCAUUGCAUUAGUGUGUGUGUGUGUGUGUGUGUGUGUGUGUGUGUGUGUGUGUGUGUGUGUGUGUGUGUGUGUGUGUGUGUGUGUGUGUGUGUAAGCCACAUAUAUCAUGUGUUUCUACGUUGGAAAAGCGGACGCUUUUUAGAGGACGCUUGAGGCAGAGCCUUUAAGGCACGCCCCCAAUAUUGUUGUCCAGGUGGGAAUCGGGAGAAAUUUGGGAGAAUGGUUGCCCCCUCAGAUUUUCGUGAGGGGCACUGAAAUUUGGGAGUCUCCUUGGAAAAUCGGGGGGGGCCAAAUGAAAAUACACGGCGGGCCAAAUUUAGCCCGCGGGCCAGAGUUUGACACCCAUGCUCUAACCUUAACCCUAACCAAAAAACUCUAAAUUAAGUCAUUGUUACUUAGAAUUAGGGCUGCAACAACUAAUCGAUUAAAAUCGAUUAUAAAAAAUAGUUGGCGAUUAAUUUAGUCAUCGAUUUGUUGGAUCUAUGCUAUGCGCAGGGGCUACUUUUUUAAUUUAUUUAAAAUAUAUAUAUAUAUUUUUUUUAUAAACUGAAACAUUUACAAACAGUUGAGAAUCAAUAAUCAAAAUAAGUAUGGUGCCAGUAUGCUGUUUUUCAAUAAAAUACUGGAAAGGAUAGAAAUGUAGUUUGUCUCUUUUAUCCGAUUAUUAAUCGAUUAAUCGAAAUAAUAAUCGACAGAUUAAUCGACUAUCAAAUUAGUUGUUAGUCGCAGCCCUACUUAGAAUAUGUUCCUCUGGUGUCCAAAAAACUCUAAAUUAAGUCUUUGUUACUUGGAAUAUGUUCCCCAUACUAAAGUGUUACCAAAAACAUAUGUGAAGUGAAUUAUAUUUAUAUAGCGCUUUUUCUCUAGUGACUCAAAGCGCUUUACAUCAUGACACCCGAUAUCUAAUUUUUACAUUUAAACCAGUGUGGGUGGCACUGGGAGCAGGUGGGUAAAGUGUCUUGCCCAAGGACACAACAGCAGUGACUAGGAUAGCGGAAGCGGGGAUUGAACCUGCAACCCUCAAGUUGCUGGCACAGCCGCUCUACCAACCGAGCUGUACCGUAUUUUUCGGAGUAUAAGUCGCUCCAGAGUAUAAGUCGCACCCACAGCCAAACUACGAAAAAAAAUUCGACUUAUAGUCCGAAAAAUACGGUAACUCUGUAUUGAAUUUGAAAAAAAAAACAUUUAUAAAUUGUAUUUUUCACUAAAGAAGGGUUCGGUGAUUGCGGGUAUGAAACUGGUGUGGUACGGUACCUCCAACAAGGUUAAGAAGCACUGCUGUAUGUACAUACAGUUGUAAUCAAAAUUAUUCAACCCCCACACAAUUUUGGUGUUUUAGCAAGUUGGACAUUUAUUCCGUAUUUUGUUUAUAGUCAUAUCAAAUAAAGAUGCAUUAAAUAGACAAAUGCAACUUGAAUUACAUUAUAUUUUUUAACAUACCAAACAGUGUCAUUCCUCUUAAUAUCUUAUUGACAAAAUUAUUCAACCCCUUGAAGAUCAUAACUCUUAAGAACAGAAUUUGAAUAAGGUCUUUUCAAUCAGGUGUUGAAAACACCUGUAGAUGUGUUUAGAACCAUAACCAUGAUUGAAAAAGACUGUGACGCUCAGCUUCUUCUAGAUGGUCAAUGGUGUAUUUGCAACAUGGUGAAGUCCAGGGAGUGGUCAAAGAAGUCAAGAGAGGAGGUAAUUUCUCUUCAUAAGAAAGGAUAUGGAUAUAAGAAAAUAGCAAAGACAUUACACAUUCCAAGAGACACAGUUGGGAGCAUAAUUCGCAAGUUUAAAGCUAAAGGCACAGUGGAAAGACUACCUGGGCGUGGUAGAAAGAGGAUGCUGUGUGCAACUGCUGUCCGGUAUUUGAAGCGUACAGUUGUGAAAAACCCCCAGCUGAGGAACUACAACAGGACAUUGCAGAGGGGGGAACGCAGGUUUCGUCCCAGACAGAUGAAGGCCUCCAUGCCAGAACUCCCAGGUGCACACCACUUCUGACUACCAGGCACAAGAAAAAUAGACUCCAGUAUGCCAAAAAUCGUCUGGACAAACCCCAAAGGUUUUGGUAAACUGUUCUAUGGAGUGAUGAGACAAGAGUGGAACUCUCUGGGCCUAUGAAUCAACGUUAUGUCUGGAGGAGAAAAAAUGAAGCUUACAAAGAGAAGAACACCUUGCCUACUGUUAAGCAUGGUGGGGGGGUCAAUCAUGCUCUGGGGCUGUUUCUCUGCCUCAGGUACCGGGAAUCUCCAGCGCGUUCAAGGCAUUAUGAAUUCUAUUUCCUAGCAGGAUAUAUUAGCUGCAAAUGUUAUGAAGUCAGUGAGGAAGCUGAGGCUUGGGAGACGUUGGACCUUCCAACAGGACAAAGAUCCCAAGCAUACCUCCAAAUCAACAUCAGAGUGGUUGCAGAAGAAGGGCUGGAAGACUCUGGAGUGACCUUCACAGUCGCCAGACCUAAAUCUUAGAGAAAAGCUGUGGUGGGACUUGAAGAAGGCAGUUGCAGCACGCAAGCCCAAGAAUAUGAAUGAACUGGAGGCCUUUGCCCAAGAGGAAUGGGCUAAAAUACCUGUAGAUGGUUGCAAGAAGUUAGUAUAUCACGUUUGAAGGAUGUCAUUACUGCCAAAGGGUGUUCUACUAAGUACUAAAGAUGCAUGGAACUAGGGGGUCGAAUCAUUUUGUCAAUGAGAUAUUAAGAAAAAUGUCCUUUUUUGGUAUUUUGUAAAAUACAGUGUUACAAUUUAAGUUGCAUUUGUCUAUUUGACACAUUUUUAUUUGAUAUGACUAUAAACAAAAUACGGAAUAAAUGUCCAACUUGUGUGGGGGUUGAAUAAUUUGGAUCUCAACUGUAUUGCAUCAUUAUGCCUCACUAUAUUUGAGCUCAUUUAGUUUCCUCUAAGUCCUCAUAAUUUAAUUUAUAUCUCAUGACACACUAUCUGUAUGGAAUAUGGCUUUUAAUUUUUUGCGGCUCCAGACGGAUUUUUUAAUGUAUUUUUGGUCCAAAUAUGGCUCUUUCAACAUUUUGGGUUGCCGACCCCCUGGCUUAACCGAAUGAUGUCAUGCGUCAGACAAAAAGUGAAAGUGCAAACUAGAGAAAGGACUUUUGAAUAUGCGUUUUCCUGACUCAAUUUUGGACCUUGGACCAUGUUGUUUACAUGCGUUGCUGCAGUACAGUGCUGAUGAUGGCUAUGUCGUCACAGUGUGCACCACUACUGCCACCCAGCGGUCACACUCAUAAUGCAUCAUGACGUGGGAUGCAUUUGGGCUCAGUUCAAAUUAGUUACAAAAUAAAAUGUUCACAGUGAACCAAAAAAAAAAAAAGUACAUGCACUUGUCUAUAAUAUAAGUGAUGUUUCAUAUGUUAUUAUCCGUGCCAGGUGGGUGUUUUAUCAACAUUUUUGUGAGGGACUGAUUCAAAUUAAGCCAGAAUUGUAUUAAUAAUGUCAGAAUGGGGCUGACUACUAUAUUGUCUUUAAAACUGCCGCAGCAGCUGGAACUCAUACUGCCAGUCCAGGAGUCUCAUGUCUGCCUAACAACAUAUUUUAACAGGGGGGGAGGGGGGAAAAAAAAAAAGGUAUAUUUUAAUUAUUAUAUUGACAGAUUAUUUUCUAGUAAAGUGUACCACUUUAGAGGAGCGGUCCCCAACCUUUUUGUCGGCCAAUAUCUACGAAUCCAAUGUGGAAACGAGUUGUUUGUGUUUAUUUGGAACAUGCACGCAUACAACAGGAUACGUCGCGGUUUCCGGUUUCUCCAUUCGACAUGUUCGAAAAGGAGUAGGAAGAAGCAGAGCUCAUUUUAUCCUACACCUUUUCCUUUACAUAGAAAGUUUCUAAAAACUUUUUUCCACUUCCUGUUCUCAACGUAUUAGAAUAGAAUAGUCAUUAUAGUUGCAUAUAAAAGUUGCAUAUAAUGACUCCAAUUUAAAGGCCUACUGAAAUGAGAUUUUCUAAUUUAAACAUUUUAUGUGUCAUACUUGAUCAUUUCGCGAUAUUACCAUAUUUUUGCUGAAAGGAUUUAGUAGAGAACAUCGAUGAUAAAGUUUGCAACUUUUGGUCGCUAAUAAAAAAAAAGCCUGGCCUGUACCGGAAGUAGCAGACGUCACGGGUUGUGGAGCUCCUCACAUCUGAACAUUGUUUGCAAUCAUGGCCACCAGCAGCGAGAGCGAUUCGGACCGAGAAAGCGACGAUUUCCCCAUAUAUUUGAGCGAGGAUGAAAGAUUCGUGGAUGAGGAUAGUGAGAGUGAAGGACUAGAAAAACAAAAAAGAGCAGUGGGAGCGAUUGAGAUGUUAUUAGACACAUUUACAAGGAUAAUUCUUGAAAAUCCCUUAUCUGCUUAUUGUGUUGCUAAUGUUGUAGUGAGAUUAUAUGAAAGUCGGACGGGUGUGGCGACCGCCAGUGUCUCUGAGGGAAGCCACGUUUCUCGACGAGGCGAAGCGAAGGCAGCCGUUGGGGCCGGGCUGAGAUUUUUUUUUGUUUUCCCCCACCUCCACGGUGGAAGCAUCCCACGUUCGGGGGCGGUCGGUCGGAGGAGACAAGAGAGUCCGCAACUGCCUCUUUGAGGAACAACGCCAGCUCCGCUCAUGUCUACGGUAAGAGCCGACUUAUUACCAUAAUUUUCUCACCGAAACCUGCCGGUUGACAUGUGGUAGGGAACCAUGUUCGCUUGACCGCUCUGUUCCAUAGUAAAGCUUCAACGUCAUCUUUCGGGAAUGUAAACAAUGAAAAAAGGAAACACCGGCUGUGUUUGUGUUGCUAAAGGCAGCCGCUUCCCACCUACGUCUUUCUUCUUUGACGUCUCCAUUAUUAAUUGAACAAAUUGCAAAAGAUUCAGCAACACAGAUGUCCAGAAAACUGUAAUUAUGCGAUUAAAGCAGACGACUUAUACCUGGGAUCAGGGCUGGAACAAAAUGUCCGCUACAAUCCGAGACGUCAAACGCACGCGUGAUCAUUCAGCGACAUUUUCAACAGGAUACUUCGCGCGAAAUUUGAAAUUGCAAUUUAGUAAACUAAAAAGGCCGUAUUGGCAUGUGUUGCAAUGUUAAUAUUUCAUCAUUGAUAUAUAAACUAUCAGACUGCGUGGUCGCUAGUAGUGGGUUUCAGUAGGCCUUUAACUAUUUCACCAACUCGUAGCAAUGGGUCGUUCGUGAACGAAAUGGCUCUUCGAAUGACUCUUUUUUUAUACUUCACGUAAUGGCUCUUAUUUUCUUUAAGUUCUCUUCCCCUGAUGUUUAUCGGUGGUCGGCAAGCAGCAUUUGGGGCGCACAGUUUAGCCGACUAUGAUCGAAUUGUAAUGCAAUUGGUUAAUAAUCUAACAUUAAGAGUUAAAAAAAAGUCUGAGUUUUGUCUUUUUGUACCUUUUUGAACACCCGUAGCGUAAUAUUUAUCCGUUUUAAACGUGUUAAGCGGGAGAAAGCCAAAAGUUUAACGUUGUGACAAGUUCAAAAGCAAAUAAUUUGCUGUAAUUAAUGGAAAUGUGAAAAAUAAAACUCAGAAAUCAAUUUGAGUCCGAUUCUUGCGGUGACGAUUUGAUUCGGAAUCGAUUGUUGAUUCAAACUGAGAAUUUAUUAGUUAUUAUAAACCACAAAGUGGCCUUAGAAACGUUGCAUUAAAAAAAAAAAUGUUGAACUUAUUCUUGAAAAAAAAUAGGAACCUAUUCAAAAUCUGAAUAAAUUAGAAUUGUUGUUUUGAUAUGAAUUCUAAUAUGUUUCAGCAUUAUGUAAAUAAUAAAGCCAGAUUUACAUGAAUAUGUACAAUUUGUGAAAAUAAAAUACCGUAUUUCCCUGAUUUGCCGCCGGGGCGCUAAUUAAAAUUUAAAACCUAUUCUCACUCCUGCGCUUACCAAAGGCAUGCGGUAAAAGUAAGCAUGCGCCAAUUAUUUUAAAACCUCUUCUCACUCCGGCACUUACCAAAGGCAUGUAGUAAAAAUUUGAGUGUGAUGUAAGCUUGGACCUUAAAUCCUACUGAAUAGCUCUUAAUCUUCUUCCCUUUAGGCGAUUUCAAAUGAUUGAAAUCAGUCUCCUCCAUUUUGAAAAAUUUGACAGGGGAAGUGUCACUCGUGACGUCACGAGUUUGACCAGGCGGUAAUAAUAAGCAUGCGCUAAUUAUUUUGCGAAGCGAGUUUGACCAGGCAGUAAUUCAAGGCAGGCGCAUACUAUAUGCCCUGCGGCAAUUCAAGGAAAUACGGUAUCUAUUACUUGUGAAAAUAAGAUAUGCAUAAAUCAUACAAAUGUUAUUAUAAUUAAUUUAAAUCCUGAAGUGUACGUAAUUGUUGCUUAAAAAUUAAUUAAAGCAACAAAAAAAAAAAACAGGAACCGAAAGAGUCGUCUAUUUUCAUUGAACCGGGUCGAUAAAGUCGACUCUUUGAAAAAGAACCGAACAUCCCACUGAUUUAAGGAGGCUCAACCAAGUGCGAUAUUGUGACUCUCGGACGGAAGUUGGCGUUCUUUCACAAUAAAAUACCCGGAAAACAAAAUUAAAUGGAUGCGAUUUUUUUUUUUUCUGCGGUUGGGGACCGCUGCUCGAUACGUACUUUGUUACUGGCCACACUGCCAAGUCCACAUUCCACUUAAAUCCUAACGUCCAAUCAGUGAUCAGUACAGUUCAACAGCAGGAAUCCCUUAAAAAGGAUAAGGGUAUAUAUGUUUAAGAAAACAAAAAAAAUAAAAAUAAAAAAUAUGGUCUUAUUUAGCACAAAUGUUUUCACUUUGAUCAAGUGAAAGGUAACUUGUGUCCACCAACUGAAAAACAGUCGUUUCUACAAACAAUGUACUUACUCAGCAAUUGUCUGUGUUCUACUGUGUGUACACAACUAUACCGUCUGUGCACACCUUCAGCAUUUUUCAUCUUUCUCUGAAUGUGUGUACUCAUACCGCUCCUGAUGCUCACCUCAUGACUAUGCACCUGUAACCUGACUUGUUGACAAAAUAGAAUGAUGUAAAUAAAAGAUGACAACCAA